AUGGAGGGUCAGAACGAAAAUGACGAGCUCUACCCCAUCGCCGUGCUCAUUGACGAGUUGAAGCAUGACGAUGUCCUACUCAGACUCAAUGCCAUCCACCGUCUAUCUACGAUCGCACUUGCACUUGGGCCCGAUCGCACCCGGGAGGAGCUCAUCCCAUUCCUUGAUGAUUCUGUCGAGGAUGAGGAUGAGGUUUUGACCGCGCUGAGUGAAGAGUUGGGCAAUUUCACAGAAUAUGUUGGGGGUCCGGAAUACGGGCACGUGUUGCUCUCCCCGCUGGAGAAUUUAGCGGCCAUCGAGGAACCGUUGGUGCGGGAGAAGGCUGUUGAAUCCCUUAACAAGGUGUGUGAGCAGCUCUCAGAGGGCCAAGUUGAGGAGCAUUUUGUCCCGCUGGUCUUCCGCUUGUCAAAGGCAGACUGGUUCACCUCGAAGGUCUCUGCGACCGGUCUUUACUCUACACCAUACAAGAAGGCUACCCCAGCGCUGCAACAGAGCCUCCGACAACAUUUUGGAUCUUUGGUACACGAUGAAACCCCAAUGGUGCGACGACAGGCGGCGAACAAUCUGGCCAAGUUUGUGAAGGAAAUGCAAAGCCAGGUCGUCAUUGAUGAAAUAAUUCCUCUCUUCCAAUACUUGGCGAGUGACGAUCAGGACAGCGUUCGUCUACUUACGGUUGACAUUCUCAUUGCGAUUGCGGAGGAAAUCCCUAAGGAACAGCAACCCAGCCAUGGUGUCCUGUUGACUUCGCUGCGGAAUCUGUUUGAGGACAAGAGCUGGAGAGUCCGAUACAUGGUUGCUGAUCGAUAUGAAAAGAUCGCUAAAGCUGUCCAUGAAGAGGUUGUCACCCGCGACAUGGUGCCCGCCUUUGUUAAGCUUCUUAAAGAUACAGAGGCCGAAGUUCGCACUGCAAUUGCUGGCCAGAUUCCUGGUUUCUGCAAUUUGAUCGAUCGCGAGACUCUGCUCAAUGAGAUUAUGACUAGUGUGGAAGAUCUUGUCUCAGACCCCUCUCAGCAUGUCCGGGCAUCUCUCGGUACACAGAUCAGCGGGCUUGCACCUAUCCUAGGCAAGGAGGAGACUAUUUCCCACCUGCUUCCCAUGUUCCUUCAAAUGCUCAAGGAUGAGUUCCCCGAUGUGAGACUGCACAUCAUCUCGAAGCUCGAACAAGUUAACAAAGUCAUUGGUAUUCAACCUCUCUCUCAGUCUCUUCUCCCAGCUAUCGUUCAACUAGCUGAGGAUAAGCAAUGGCGUGUGCGCCUUGCCAUCAUUGAAUAUAUCCCGCUCCUUGCUAGUCAACUUGGAGUCGAGUUCUUCGAUGAGCAGCUGAGCGAUCUCUGCAUGGGCUGGCUAGGCGAUACUGUCUUCUCGAUCAGAGAGGCAGCCACCGAGAACCUGAAGAAACUAACAGAGGUGUUUGGUGUUGAGUGGUCAAAAGCUUCUAUCAUCCCUAAGGUGAUGGCCAUGGGUCAACACCCUAACUACCUCUACCGUAUGACAACAUGCUUUGCCGUUUCUACUCUUACUCCCGUUGUCAACCUCGAAAUUAUUGAGAACUCGCUUCUCCCUAUCCUGGAACGCCUAGUGACGGAUGAAAUUCCCAACAUCCGUUUCAACGUGGCCAAAUCUUAUGCUGUUCUUAUCGCUACACUGCGCCGUCUGCCAGCCGAUAAGACAUUGGUUGAGGUUGAGAAGUCUGAAGAGCCUAUCACGCCAUCCCCCAAGAGCCAAGAGUUGAUCCAGUCAAGGGUUGUUCCCAGCUUGGAAAAGCUCCAGGAGGAUGACGAUGUGGAUGUCCGAUACUUUGCUACGACUGCUGGCGGCAACCAAGACGAGAUGCAAACUUCUCCUUAA